GCUCCUAGAAGGUGAGUACGGACGGUAUGCAAAGUUGUGAAUCCAGUGGCGACAGUGCGGAUGACCCUCUCAGUUGUGGCCUACGGAGAAGGGGACAGCCUCGUGUGGUGGUGAUCGGUGCUGGCUUGGCUGGCCUGGCUGCAGCUAGAGCACUUCUCGAGCAGGGCUUCACAGAUGUUACUGUGCUCGAGGCUUCCAGACACAUUGGGGGCCGUGUACAGAGCGUGAGACUUGGACACGCCACCUUUGAGCUGGGAGCCACCUGGAUCCAUGGGUCCCAUGGGAAUCCUAUCUACCAUCUAGCAGAAGCUAAUGGCCUUUUGGAAGAGACAACAGAUGGGGAGCGCAGCGUGGGCCGCAUCAGCCACUACUCCAAGAAUGGCGUGGCCUGCUACCUUACCAACCGGGGCCGUCGGGUCCCCAAGGACGUGGUUGAGGAAUUCAGCGAUUUAUACAACGAGGUCUAUAACUUGACCCAGGAGUUCUUCCGCCAUGGUAAACCAGUCAAUGCUGAGAGUCAGAACAGCGUCGGGGUGUUCACCCGGGAGAAGGUGCGCAAUCGCAUCAGGGAUGACCCUGAUGACACAGAGGCUACCAAGCGCCUGAAGCUCGCCAUGAUCCAGCAGUACCUGAAGGUGGAGAGCUGUGAGAGCAGUUCUCACAGUAUAGAUGAGGUGUCUCUGAGCGCCUUUGGAGAAUGGACAGAGAUCCCUGGCGCCCAUCACAUCAUCCCCUCAGGCUUUGUGCGAGUUGUGGAGCUGCUGGCUGAGGGCAUUCCCCCACAUGUCAUCCAGCUGGGGAAACCUGUCCGUUGUAUCCACUGGGACCAGGCCUCAGCUCGCCCCCGGGGUCCUGAGAUCGAACCCUGUGGUGAGGGUGACCACAAUCGCAACACUGGGGAGGGUGGCCAGAGUGGAGAGAGUUCCCAGCAGAGAAGGAGGGACGAGGAUGAGCAGUGGCCCGUGGUCGUGGAGUGCGAGGAUUGUGAGGUGAUUCCAGCCGACCAUGUGAUUGUGACCGUUUCGCUGGGCGUGCUCAAGAGGCAGUACACCAGUUUCUUUAGGCCAGGCCUGCCCACGGAGAAGGUGGCUGCCAUUCACCGCCUGGGCAUUGGUACCACCGACAAGAUCUUCCUUGAAUUCGAGGAGCCCUUUUGGGGCCCUGAGUGCAACAGCCUGCAGUUUGUGUGGGAGGAUGAGGCAGAGAGCUGUACCCUCACUUAUCCCCCUGAGCUCUGGUACCGCAAGAUAUGUGGCUUCGAUGUCCUGUACCCACCAGAGCGCUAUGGCCACGUGCUGAGUGGCUGGAUUUGUGGGGAGGAGGCUCUUGUCAUGGAGAGGUGUGAUGAUGAGGCCGUGGCUGAGAUCUGCACAGAGAUGCUGAGACAGUUCACAGGGAAUCCCAAUGUACCAAAACCUCGGCGAAUCCUGCGCUCAGCCUGGGGCAGCAAUCCAUACUUCCGAGGUUCCUAUUCAUACACACAAGUGGGCUCCAGUGGGGCAGAUGUGGAGAAGCUGGCCAAGCCUCUACCCUACACAGAGAGCUCCAAGACAGCGGGAAGUGGGGUUUUCAGAGCAGAGGAAACCAAAGUUCACAGAAGGACUUCUGUGGAGCUACCCCAGGCCACACAGCUUAGGGACAUGCUGUCUCACUAAGGGAGGGGACAGCCAAAGGAGGAAGCCAAGGGGCUCUUGGAAGAUGCAGACAGGGACAGGAGGUGCAGGAGGGGUGGCUUUGAGAGUCUGCCAAAACUGUCAGCCCUUCAGGACGUCGCCUUCCAUCAAAUAGCUGCCUCCUGUAAAUUGUAUGCAGGACAGUCCUCAAAGCAAAUUCAAGGCUGAUGGACAAGGAAGAGAAAAGACCUCAGAAAGAGACACUACCUCUAACAGGAGCGUGGGCUGCGUCCCACAUGCUGACCAAGUUUCUGAAAGCAGAAGUGGCAUCUGGGCUCUGUCCAGCGUGUGACACUUCUGUCAGCAUUCACACCAGGGCUGCUGCCAUGCCAUUUCCAUUGCCUGGAAGUUCUUUCCUGCAGUCUGUGUUACAUCGGGAGUCCAUGCUCUUAGUUGCAUGGAGUAUUGUGCCAUAGGCAUUGGGGACUCCAGGGUUAAGGUCUUCAGCUGUCACUUUGUGGGAGUCUCAGACAUUCCACAGGGGACUGGGGUACUUGGCAGUCAUUGUCUCUGCCAUUGUUGCUAUGUCACAUAUGAAUGACUGCCAUUUUUCACUUGAUGGUGGCUGACCAGAGCAUAGGGUAGGCGUGAAAUACCUCUCUGUGUUGAGACAAACUGAUUGAGGUAGGAGCCAUCUUGGCUUGUAGUUUCAGCCUGUGGGUGGGUUGGUUCUGUUGUUUUGGGCUAGUAUGUCAUGGUAAGAGCAUGUGGUAGAGGACUGUCUGUCUCAUGGUGGCUGGCAAACAAAGGAAGGGGUUAGGGUCCUAAUAGGCCCUUGAAGGGAAUGCCUACAAUGAUCUGGGCCCCUCCCAUAAGGCCCUGUCUCUUAAAGGUUUCGUUGUGUCUCAGUCUGAUUAACCUGUCAAGUUAACAGUUUUUCAGCUUAAUGACAGAGUGGCAGGAAGCUGGAAUUUCUCUGGGUCAGCCUGUUCAUUGAGCCGAUUUCCCAUAUGUAUAGGGGAACAGGCAGGAAGUGUCCCGCUAAGGUGGCCAUGACAUCUAAUCUCAUGCUAUAUAUUGUUACUAGACAAAGGGGUCAGUCACUGCCCUGUUCCAUACAACUGAAAUGGCUGUAGGUGGAUAAAUCCAUUAUCAUGUCCCUUUAUUCUAGCGGUUGUUGUUCUGAUAAUGAAGAACACCCCAAACCGGCUCUCAAGGAGUGAGAAGUGUUGGGCAUUUUAUCUUACAGAUUCAUUGCACAUGUAACUUGGGUGUGUUGGAUUCAGGGUUCACUCUUCAUCUCACCCUCUACUUUUUUGUCUUGCAUCUACUACUACCCCUAUCCCAGUAUGUGGGACCACAUGGAAUCACACAGCCAUCUAUACACCCCAGCUCAAGACCAUGUCACCACAUUGUCUUCUCAUUUGUGAGUGACUUCAGUGUCCUAUCUAGCUGUGUGGGCAGGUAGCUGUCCUUUGCUUAUGAGUUUGAGCUGGGUUUCUCUGUGUGUGUCCUGGCUACUUGUAAAUGGCUCUGGGGUUGAGAUUUUUACCUUUGCCCAUUGCUUCACUUGGUCUCUUCUCCUAAAACCAGUCAGCAUAAUUCAGUCAUGGGCCAAGCCAUCCCAGCGCUCUUCUGGAGGAGAAGGGCUGUGCCCACUUGAUCAGAAUAAAGCAGAGAAAGCAAACUGCACAAGACAUACGGUGUUGCCUACACCAUCUCUCCAUGGAUAUAGCUGGGCCAAAGAAGAAUCGCCCCCUCCCCAUUCCUUCACAGUGUGUUCCAACUGCCCUCUUCUUCGUUUGAAUAAGUGGCACUGCUAUCCCUUGGCUUCAGGAGAACACCCAAGUCAUUGUCCACUCCCCAUCUUCUGAAUUGCCAUAGGCAAGUUUCAUCAACUCUCCUUACACAUUUUGAAUCUAAUCCUUUCAAACUCUCCACUGUUCCUGCAUUUCUGCCUUGAAUGGCUGCAGUGGCCUGCUAGAUGGUGUUCCUCUGUAACCUCCUCUCUUAGCCCGUUGGCCACAUAGCCACCGUGGCCAGUCCAGCCUCCCUGGUUUCCAGUGGCGGCCCUCACACUGGAGAACCAAGGUGCUGCUUGCAGACACCUAUGAGCUGUCCCAAGAUCCGCCUACCACCAUCUCCUUCCCUUAGUCCUGGCUGCUCUGUUUGCCCAGAACUCCCAGCCCACCUCGCUGGUCUCAGAUUUCUACUCAGACACUUUGGGGGACACUACCCGGAGCAUCCCUUUUCCAUGGUUACCCUACUCUGUUCCCUCCUUUUCUUCCCCCGUUUUGCUAUCUGGUGUUUGUUUAUCUAUGCAGUUGCCUGUCCAUCUUCCCACCACCAGGUAAGUUCCAUCUUCACCGUUGCGUAUCCAGUGCGUCUAAAAUAGUGCCCGGUGUAACAGCAGGUUUACACAAACAUUUGGAGAAUGAGGGGAUGAGGACACCAUGCAAUGAUGAUGUCAACCUGGAGACCCACCCCCAGUGCUGGUGACAGUCCUCUUGGGGCCUCCCUCGCCAGCUUUCUGAGACUCCCCUCCUUACCACAACUCCGUUCUCUUUGCUGUCUCAGGCAAUAGGCCCUUCUGCCUCACAGACCAAUAAAAGCUGACUAAAAGUCACUUCCUCACCUAGACUGCAAGCUCUCCAGCCUGCUGUGGAAAUUCCCUCGUGACAAAAUGAGAGGAGUGGUUGGCCCCUGCCUCUGCUGCCGUGACCUCCACCUGUGUACCCCACCCUCUAACGCCGGAUCCUUUAUCUCGAUUUUCCAGUCACCUGUCCUCCUCUUGCUUUCGUGUCUUUUGCUGCUUCCCACUGGCAAACUUCGCGUACCAUUUUCUACACUGGUGCUUCCUCCAUCCCACUCUGCUCACACCAGCAGUUGUUAGGGAAGGGCAGACUGCCCUUCUCUCAAGGCAGGCCCGGAGGGGCAGAAGUGAACAGGCCUGCUCCCUGGAAGGACAAGCCGUGCCCUCUGGCGCCACCUUCUGGCCAUAUUCAAACAGCGCUUACUGCAUUGAGAGGAUGUGUUUGGAUUCUCUGAGCCAUUUUGAAUUAAAAAAAAAAAAAAAAAAAAGAACCAAGCAAGUCAUCCUGGGACCCCCUUUAAUUAAUACUGAACAAAUGAAUAUUAUUGUAAUUGUGCCUCUUCCUACAUUUCCAUUGACUUUUCAUUACCAAUAAAAAGAGGCACUGUUGGUUCCUA